AUGUACACACUUACACAUGACGGUGAUCGUACUAACAGUAUGGAAACUGAUGAUGAUCGCAAUAACGUUAGCGUUUCUUGUAUACCAAUGGAAAUUGACGAUGAUUGUAAUGCCGGAAGCGUAUUUGUUAUACCAAUGGAUGGUGAUGGUACUAAUUGUAUGGAAGCUGAUGAUGAUCGUAAUAACGUUAGUUUUUCUCGUAUACCAAUGGAAAUUGACGAUGAUCGUAAUAUCGAAAGCGUAUUUGUUAUACCAAUGGACGGUGAUAGUAAUAACAGUUUGGAAACUGAUGAUAAUCGUCAUAACGUUAGUGUUUCUUGUAUACCAAUGGAAAUUGACGAUGAUUGUAAUACCGAAAGCGUAUUUGUUAUACCAAUGGAAGGUGAUCGUACUAAUAGUAUGGAAGCUGAUCGUAAUAAAGUUAGUAUUUCAAGUAUACCGAUGGAAAUUGAUGAUGAUAAUGAUCGUACUAACAUUAUGGAAACUGAUGAUGAUCGCAAUAACGUUAGUGUUUCUAGUAUACCAAUGGAAAUUGACGAUGAUUGUAAUACUAAGAGUUUGGAAACGGAUGAUGAUCUAAAUAACGUUAGUAUUUCUAAUAUACCAAUGGAAAUUGACGAUUAUCGUGAUCGCACUAACAGUGUGGAAACUGAUAAUGAUCGCAAUAACGUUAGUGUUUCUAGUAAAACAAUGAAAAUUGAUAAUCGUUAUACUGAAAGCGUAAUUGUUAUACCAGUGGACGCUGAUCGUGCCAACAGUAUGAUGAUCAUAAUAAUGUUCCUGUUUCCAGAAUUCCAAUGA